UAGCGCAGUAUCACGUUUCAUACUCUUCUCCCAGAACUCUGUACAGUACUUCAAUAUAACUAGUUUUAUACGUUCACCUUUGACAUUGAGUUGAAAACUAAAGAAACUCACCACGAAUGAUUUUACUUACAGCAGAAAGGUCGGGUCUGUGCACCAUGAGGAUAACAAGCCUGAGCCGAGGUCUGACCCUGCUGACGCUGAUCCUGCUGGCGUUGGUCCUGCUGACGGGAGGAGUUGAGGCCAGACCGGAAAAUUCAGAAGGAAGAAAUGGAAGAAGUCUAUUCGUGAGAGCCUUCAGGUGUUUAAUGACAGAAAUAAGAGGCAGAUUUGUACCCAGGACUCCGAAUGAUGGUGAAGACGAAGCAGAAGUUGAUGCUGAGGAAACUGAUAUUCCUGCUCCUCCGGAGGAAGGACUGACUAACGAGAGGUUGAGGUUUCCGGAAUUCAUAGACUGCAUGAUGAAUCCUGAGGAGAAAUGAGAGAGUGGUGGUGAUGUGAUCUAAUGUGGGGCACCGCCACGCCACAGCUGCUACACAUCCCCGCGCUGCCCUGCGUUACCAAGGACCGUAUUCUGUAGCACUUCUGCGCUGCACCUCCACUACUUUCAAAAGACUUUAGUUGAAGGUAUACAGGUUUUUGAGGGUGGUUUUACGAUUGUAGUGACACAUUAGCAAGAAUUUUUACCUUAUUUAAAGUAGAAAUAGUCUUGAAAACCC